ACAAACAGAGGGGGAGGAGAGAGAGCGAGAGAGAGACAGACAGACAGACAGACAGACAGACAGAGCGUGCUGGAGUUCUCAGACAGACACUCAUCGCUCGCUCUCUCACUGGCUGGGUGGACAGAGCUGUGGCGCAGGAGGAGAGGAGCACAGAGAGGACACGCUGCCCGAUGAGAGAGAGGGGACCAGAGGAACAGCCUGUCUGCACAGAAGGAAGAGAAUACUGAAAAUAACAGGGCAAUAUCCAAAGGACGGGAAGAGAGAGAGAGAGCGAGAGCGAGAGAGAGCGAGAGAGAGCGAGAGAGAGAGAGAAAGCACACAUCGACUUCAUGGGAGGAGGAGGAGCCCAGUUGGGGGUGGAGCUGAGAACGAUUGACGGACAUCGACACGAGGAGGAGGAGCGUGAGAGCAAGUUGAUGAAUUUGAUUUGGAGAGACAAGUAUUUUUAGAAAAGGAAGAAAACCAAGAGGAGCGUUACGAUUGGAAAUGCCACAGUUCUGAGGGAGAGAAACAGAGUGAAAGAAAACUGGAGCGAGAGAACGAGGGAGAGAGAGAUACCAGGAUCUGAGCGUGACUGAACAGAUUUUCCAUCGACUCUGGUCAGGUCUCCCACAGGGAAACGCAGUGUGUGUGCAUGUGCUCUCUCAGUGUGAAUGAGUGUUUGCGUGCGUCUGGGACUGAGAAGCGUGUCUGCUCCUCGCACAAGACGGGCUGGCUGUACGUGGUCACCCUCAGGACACAACCAGUCAAGACAGGAGGAGAAGAGAAAGGAGAACGGAGGGGGGGAAUAGGGAGAGAGUGACAGAUGGGAAGAGGGGAAGGCUGGAAAUCAAGAAGAUAAUAGUGAGCUCACAAAAAGAACCGGAGAAGAAAUUAGCGAGGUAGACUCACAAAGGCAAUUAGUGAUGCGCGGCUGCUCGCUUUAGCGGUGUCAUGUAAACAAGUCCAGCCUCUGGCCGUGGUGGUAUUGGAGGGUGAGCAGGUUGAACGAGGCUGAGCAUCACUGAUCGAAGUGGAGCGACGGCAAAGUCCCAACAGACAGCAGCCUCGGUCGGCAGAGAGAGGAGCGCCGACAGAGCAGAGCAGAGGGAACCAGCAGGACGAGCCUUUCUCUGACAGACGGCACCAGAUAGAACCACAACAGACUCACUGCUCUCUUCUUUUACCUUCCGUUCUUUCAUUUUGUCUGUGCUUCUCAACUCAUCUUGCCUCUCUCUCCUCUAGCACUCACUCCACCCCCUCUCGUAUACCCUUCCUAUCCUUUUCCCUCUCCCUCCCUCUCGCUCUCUAGCUCUCUCUCUCUCUCUCUCUCUCUGUCUCUUCCUCUCUCGCUCUGUGUUACACUAACUGGUGCGGAUGCUGGAGUCGCUCAUGUAGAAGCUGCAUUACUUGGUGCAUAUUUGCAUGGCUGAAUGUAUUUCUUACUGCUGAGUUGGAUGAGUGGAGUACUUUCAGGUCAAGGGAACCAGAUGGACUGAGAUGGAGAAGCCCAACAAGUAGCUAAAGAGUAAAACAGGACACCAACAACAACAAACAGAAGACACUGUGACAGAGAGAGAGAGUUAGUAUGUGUGUGUUUGAGUGAGGUUGUGUGUGAGGAGCUUGUACGGAUUGUGUGUAACAGCAGAGUCAGAUAAYCACAAAUCCAGGUGUGGAUUACAUCGGUGGGGAUAUCGGUGCCCUGGAGCUCCAUGUGGGGACCAGCCCCUGAGGCCUGGCUGGGAGAUGAAGCCUUUCUCUCGGCARUAGGAGCGGUGUGGGCAGCCAUGGCUCUGGAGGGGCGAUGUCUCCAGCGGGGAUCCCCAGCCGUYGUGAGGAGAGGCCGCCGGCGCCUCCCUGCAAGGCCAGGCCUGUCCUCAAUCACCUCCACCCUGCUGGCUGGGACACGUCUGCARGGCCUCAGGCAUGUGUGUGUSRCCGGUGGCUCCAUAYGCCGRCGGGCCUUCUGGCUGCUGGCCCUGUGCACCUCAUUGGGCCUGCUCCUGUCCUGGUCRUCCAACCGCCUGCUCCACUGGCUCUCCUUCCCCACCUACACACGGAUCCACACAGAGUGGGCCAAGGAGAUGGCCUUCCCCACAGUCACAAUCUGCAACAACAACCCAAUCCGCCUCUACAAGCUCACCAAAAGUGACCUGUACUUUGCUGGCCACUGGCUGGGCCUACUGCUGGCCAACCGGACGGUGAGACCCAUGGUGCUGGAUUUGCUGCAGGAAGARAGCCAGGCCUGGUUCAGCAAACUGUCUGACUUCAGGCUGUUCCUGCCGCCCAGAAACUUUGAGGGCAGCAACCUGGAGUUUAUGGACCGGCUGAGCCACCAGCUGGAGGACAUGCUUCUCUCCUGCAAGUACCGAGGAGAACGGUGCGGUCCCCAGAACUUCACCUCUGUAAGUCUCAGCARAGCUCCCUCUUAAAUCACUUCUUCAUUCACAGUG